UAGAAAUUAAGUAGUAAGAGAUGCCGUUCGAAUCAAUGAAAGAAUCAACUAAGCCUUACCGGCGUACGCCAUUGUAAUUGCUUGCAAACAAACAAAUCCGCCAUUUGUUUUCGAGUAGAAUCAUAAUUAUUGCAAUCAUAAUUUUGCGUGACUUUGUUAUGUUUCGGCGUUUCUUAAAAUACUCUUAUGAUUUACGAUAUCGCAAAAAGUAUAGCGUAGUGGAAAUUACAGGUAGCAAGAUGGAAGAAAUUCUUUCUACAGCGUUGCGCUCCCGCGUAGAAAGACUGAAAGAAACUGUAAAAAUAACGGUAGAUUUACUGAACAAAGUCGAAACAGGAGUAGGAGUACAACAACAAGAAUUAGUUGUAAAUAAGAUCGAUCUAAAGAGUAAAUUAACUCAAUUUCAAAUCCAAUUGGACAAAUACAUAAAUCACGUGACGAACCCACAGAAAGAAUUUUAUCAAGAAUGUGACGAACUACAAAUUCAAGCAGAGGACGCUAUAACGAAGAUGGAAAUAGUGCUCAAAAUUUAUUCCGAAGAGAACAACACCCAAAAUAAAACUAAACUACCCAAAUUAGACUUGAUCAAAUUCAAUGGCGAUAUUUUGAAAUGGAACUCGUUUUGGGACAGAUUCGUGGCCAACGUAGAGAAUAAAAAUAUAGCGGACGUGGAGAAGUUAUCAUAUUUAGUAGGUUCUUUAGAGGGUCCGGCACUCCAAGCAAUUGAAGGCUUGGAGACGACUAACCAGAAUUAUGAGGUCGCAACUUUAAUUCUUAAAAAUAGGUUUGGGAAGAAAAAUAACGUAAUAGAUGCUCACAACAAAGCCUUAUUAAAUCUGGAACGAGCCCAAUCUACUACUGAGUGCCGAAAAAUAUUAAAUAACAUAGAUACUCACCUACGGGUAUUAUCUGCAUACGGAGAAAACACCGAAGCAAGCUAUUUGCGAGGGAUUAUAUUAGAUAAGUUUCCAGAAACGGUAUUGUAUCAGGUUAAAAUUUUAAUUUCGGAAGAAGAAAGUACAGACAACAUAAAGAAAGCACUAGAUAAGGUCAUAACGGCCAUGGAAAGAAUAAAUAUACAAACACCACAAACGCUACAAACUUCAACGUCAGGAUCUACAUCAACCCUACUUAAAGUUACAAGAGAAAGACCAGCAAAACGCAAGAGGCUGUUUGACAGAACUAACACAUUUAAGUCUAAACGUCCAAAAAUUUCAUGCAUUUUCUGUGGCAAAGCGGGACAUUACAAUGAUGAUUGUAAUGAAUAUAAAACAAUCAAAGAAAGGAUAAGUAGACUGCAACAAAGGUGCUUCUUAUGUUUCAAGAAUGGCCAUAGAGCCUCUAAAUGCUUCAGUAAAAGGAAGUGUCAUCACUGUAAUAAAUUACACAAUAGAGCUUUGUGCCCGCAGAAAACUAUGAAAGACUGCAGUAACACAGAUAGCAAGCCAGCACAACAAACACCUGACAUGUAGAUUACUUAUGGAUUGUGGGAGUAUGAGGUCAUAUAUCUCAAACAAAUUGGCAAAAGACCUUGAAAUCAAAAAGAACAAUGAAGUUGAUUUAAUUGUCUAUACAUUUGGAUCUAAUAAACCUUACACUAUUAAAAGUUCAUCAGCGGAGGUAACUGUUCUAACAAAGAGACAAAUUGAGAAGAAAAUAAAAGUAAAUAUUGUACCACAUAUAACAGAUCACGUCCCAGUUGCCAAAAUUAAUCAUCCUAAAAUAGAUAUAAGUGCGGAUGAUGAAUCGGUCGGUCAAAGAGUUGACUUGUUGAUCGGUAACGACAUGUAUUUUUCGUUCCUCAGAAAAGACCUUAUAAAAAUAAAAGAAGACUUAUAUCUGAUCGACUCAGAUUUUGGU